AUGGAGUAUCACCAACUACCUCAACCUCUAAAGAAGCAAGCUAUUCAAUCUGAAUGGAGUGCCACUCGAGGCGUAAAUGAUGAAGCAAUGUUGGAUUCACUUCCAUGUGACACACGGUUUGAGAUUCGAAGACACUUGUAUCUGAAGAUCACCCGCACUAUGCCAUUAUUUGCAGAUAUGGAUGAUGUCCUUCUAAAUGUAAUAUGUGGUUACCUCCGAACAUUCACCAGCAAUGAAGGUACUUAUGUAGCGUUUGAGGGUGAACCAAUUCACCAAAUGCUGUCUAUUUUCGAUGGACAAUUAGAGAUAUUGAAUGCAAACAAUUGUCUUGGGCCGGGAGAUCUGUGCGGAAAAGAGCUGCUGGAAUGGUGUUUACACACAACCACAUCAACUGAGAACCUAAAACCUGCAACGCAAACAAUCAAGUGUACUACUGAUAUUGAAGCAUUUGCUUUGCGGAUUGAUGAUGUAAAACUCCUGGCAAUCCAAUUUCACCAUGAUGGAAAAUUUCGCUAUGCGUUCAAACGUUAUAUUGCAUAA